UUGUGGUAUGAUAUUUGUAUAUGUUUAUGUUUAAACACUACACUUUAUGUUGUUGUUUUCUAAAUUUUAUAAUUUAUAUACUAGAAGGCACCAAAAGGAAAAAAGAAACAACCAAAACAAAAGGAAAAAGAGAAGAGAAUGGAAAAAUCAUCAAUAGGUUCUAGUUCUACAACUUCUCGAAAUGACAUGAUGGGCUUUUUGAGCAAAUUUGGAGAUUUGGCAAAAACACUUGCCUCGAAUGUUAAAGAGAUGUAUGGCAUGUUAGAACAAGCAAAAGAUCUUUUUGUUGAGGAAGAAACAACAGGAAAAAUGCAACAUCUCAUAGACAACAUAUGGUGCAAGUACACAACAAAGACAUUCGUGAACCAAGAAGAAAAGAAAAGCCCUUCUAUACUCAGCCAAGAUCAACAUGUCUUCGAUGAACCAGCAUUUAUUGAAGAAUUGGAUAUGGUUAUGGAUAAGGCAUGGAAGAAAUUCGAGGAAACAAGGUCACCAAAGUCACCGACAGUUGAUUUGAGAUCAAAGGAAGAGGAAAAAGAUAAGAACAAAGAAGAGAGAAAUGAAGAGAAUAAAGACAAAAACUUGUUGAUUCCCUCACCAGUAGUUGAUUUGGGAUCAAAAGAAGAAGAAAAAGAGCAGUACAGAAAAGAGAGAAACGAGGAGGAAAAAAUUGAGAAGAAAGAGAAAAGGAAUGAGGAGUCACCAAAAACCCCAAUUCCUCCAAAAAAGAAGCAACCUUUUGAUAUAACUCCUCCAAGUUUCAAGUUAUUGACCCCCUCACCAGCAGUUGAAAAUCAAGAAGAUAAUGAAGCAGAACUCACUUACGAAGAAGUGACAGCAAAUGUUCUAAAUUGUGCUUUUCUAAAUCCAGAUCAUCCACCUACAUUGGAUGAAGAGGAGAAGCAAGAAGAGGAAAAAGAGGAGAAGAAAGAAGAGGAAAAAGAGGAGAAGAAAGAAGAAAAGGAGAAGAAGAAAGAAGAGGAAAAAGAAGAGAAGAAAGAAGAAAAGGGGAAGAAGAAAGAGGAGGAAAAAAAGGAGAUCCAAGAAGGAGAAGAAAGAAAAUGA